CAUUUUUAUAAUUUUUUUCUUGUAUUAACUAAUGACCCUCAUAACAUUGUUGUCCCUUUUCUCUUUGCUAUAUGGAUCCAUGGAAAGUACGUACAUUUUUCUAAGCUACUAAAUAUGUGUAGUAAUAAAUUAAAGCCACUAUAGUCAUUAUUGUUUUUAUGAGUGGCAGUGGAGUGUUUUUUGUGUGAAGAAGAAGAAGAAGAAGAAGAAGCAAAGUAACUAAGUAAGUAACAUGGUUAGAAGUCCUAAGGAGGUUAAUAAAGGUGCUUGGUCUCGUGAAGAAGAUGAUAUCCUCUCCAAAUAUGUUGUCAUUCAUGGAGAAGGAAAAUGGCAAAAGGUUGCCCAAAAUGCAGGUUUAAAGCGGUGUGGAAAAAGUUGUAGACAAAGAUGGUUGAAUUAUCUCAAACCAGGUAUAAAGAGAGGCCAUAUCUCUACCGACGAAGAAGACAUGAUCAUAAGACUUCAUCGUCUUCUUGGUAACAGAUGGUCUUUGAUAGCUAAGAGACUACCAGGACGAACAGACAAUGAAAUCAAGAACUACUGGAAUACUAAUCUGUCAAAGAAGUUACAAAAACAGCCAACAUCAUCAUCAUCAUUGCCAUCACCAUCUUCUGUUUCACUUCGACACAAUCAUGGCAAAUGUGGACAUGUAGCACCAGAAGCUCCAAAGCCUAGGAGACUGAAGGCUGUUCAUCAAUACAAAAUUUUGGAAAAGAAUAGUGGAAGUGAGUAUGAUCAAGGAAGUGAUGAAACUUCUAUUGCUGAUUUUUUCAUUGACUUUGAUCAUCAAGAUCAAUUGAUGGUUGGUGAUGAUGAGUCUAAUUCAAAGAUUCCACAAAUGGAAGAUCACAAGGUGAGUUCAACAAAUAGUACUCAUAGUUCAUCAUCACCUUCUGAUCAUUGUCAUCUUUUAGCAGAGAAAUUUGACCCUCAAGAGAUCCUUUUGGAUGUGGAGCUUAAGAAGAUGGCUUCCUUUCUUGGACUUGAAAAUGAUUGAAGUGAUUUAUUCCAAUGAGGGGACCAAGAGAAAAAGGUCAAGUGAAUUGGGAAUCAUAUAGCCUUUGCUAUAUGCCAUUUUUAUAUGUAUUUCCUAACUAAACAUGUAACUAGAUGAACAAGUUCUUGGCUUCUUCUUUAUGUCACUUGAUCACCAAUCCUUUAUACCAAAAAAGUUUGAAUAUAGUGACGGAAAAUUAGAGACCGAAAAACAUGAAAUUCGUCUUUGAUUUUGUCUCUAAUUGAUACAAAAUUAUAGACGCUAAAGUAGAAGAUUAUUUCUUUUUUCUAUCACUAAUUUCCGUCGAUAAUUUCACUUUUUCUAGUAGAUAUUAUGCCACAAUAAUUUAGAAAGUGCUGGAGUUUUACAAUUUUUGUUUACCAAUUUUUUGUUGGGAGCCAUGCCAUUAAUUUAUGCAUCUAUAACUGUAUUUGAGUAUAAAUAUGUAACUAUACAUGAAGAGAUAAAAUACUCAUACUAGCA